AUGCGCCUGAAAAAGCUUGACUUCCCCAAACAAACUCUCCGACCAAAAAGCCAUCAAGAGACGGUUAGCCUGGGGCCUGAAGGCAGGCAGCACCAUUCCCUGCUUGUUGUCAUUGAGACGGCAGCCGUCCCGGAGCUGCGGCACACUUCCUUCCAGCAACAGACCUCCUGGGAGCAUCUGGGAGGGCAGAAGCACAGAAAGAAGGAGGUGGCCCAGAAGACAGGCAUGCAGCCCAACGGCAGCUCGCGGGGGGUGCAGGCGCAGCUCCGCUGUGACCUAUGCGCCGGGUCCUGGACCUCCCCCCGCCUGCACGCUGAGGGUUCCCUGAACUGCCACCUCCACUGGGCUCCCCUGCAUGCCCUGGGGCUCACAGUGAACAAACUGGGCUCAGAACCAGUUAUGUGGGUACCAGGAGAUGAAGGUGGCAUCCUUUCGCCCUCCCCUGUGGCCCUGCCUGCCCUGCGUGCGAAGCCCCAGCUGUCCGCGCUGACCCGCGGGCCUCCUGAGCCACAGGCAGCAGCCUGCCGACCCCAGAGGGAGAAACCAACCCCACCCAAAUCGGAGGGUCCCGGAGCACCCGCCCGAGGAGACUCGGAGGAAGCUCCACAGGGCUGCUCUGAUGCGCAGCCAGUGGGGCCAGAAUAUGUGGAGGAGGUAGGUGGAGGCAGGUGUGCAGCGCUUCGCUUCCAUUGCAAGCUGUGCCAGUGCAGUUUCAACGACCCUAAUGCCAAGGACCUGCACGUGACGGGGCGGCGGCGGCGGCGGCGGCUGCAGUACCGGAAGAAAGUGAACCCCAACCUUCCCAUCGCCACAGAGCCCAGCAGCCGGGCUCGGAGGCUCCUGGAAGAACGGAUAAGGAAGCGGCGGCGCCUGGCGGAGGAGCGGCUGGAGGAGCUGCGGCGCUGGCACGCGGAGAGGAGGCGGCUGGAGGAGGAGCCACUGCUCCAGGACGAGGAGUCCCAUGCGCUGCCACACACGUCGCCCGACCGGCCCCCGCCUCUGCUCAAGGGCAGGCCGGGGCCACCUGCCAGCGCCCCAUUCCUGCCCAGGCGGUGGCUGGCGUCCAGUGAGGACCGGCAGGUCAUGUGCGGGCAUGCCGCCAUCUACCCCACGGAGCAGGAGCUCCUGGCUGUGCAGAGGGCCGUGUCCCACGCCAAGCGGGCCCUCAAGCUGGUGUCCGACACGCUGGCCGAGGAGGACCACAGGCACUAAGAGGGAGAGAGCGGCACGUGCAGCAGCGUGGCCCCCCAGGCUCGGGUCCUGAAAGGAGUCAUGCGGGUAGGCAUCCUGGCCAAGGGCCUCCUCCUGCGUGGGGACAGGAACGUGUGUCUCGCCCUGCUCUGCUCCGUGAAGCCCACGCACGGCCUGCUGCGAAGGAUUGCGCAGCAGCUUCCCCGGCAGCUCCAGAUGGUGACCGAGGAUGAGUAUGAGGUCUCCUCCGACCCCGAAGCCAACAUUGUCAUCUCCUCCUGCGAGGAGCCCAGGAUGCAGGUCACCGUAUCCGUCACCUCACCCCUGAUGCGGGAGGACCCCUCCACGGACCCAGGUGUGAAGGAGCCACAGGCUGACCCAGGUGACGUCCUGAGCCGGGAGAGGUGCCUGGAGUCCCUGGCCGCCCUCUGUCAUGCCAGGUGGUUUCAGGCUCGAGCCAGCGGCCUGCAGCCAUGUGUGAUCGUCAUCAGGGUCCUGUGAGACCUCUGCCGGAGCGUGCCCACCUGGGGGGCCCUGCCAGCCUGGGCCCUGGAGCUGCUGGUGGAGAAGGUUGUGAACACCGUGGCUGGGCCCCUGGGCCCCGGGGACGCAGUGAGGCGGGUCCUGGAGUGCGUGGCCACAGGGACGCUCCUGCCAGAUGGCCCCGGGCUCCAGGAUCCCUGUGAGAGAGACCACACAGACGCCCUCAAGUCCAUGACCCUCCAGGAGCGGGACGACGUGACCACCAGCGCCCAGCGUGCCCUGCGAAUGCUGGCCUUCCGGCAGACACACAAAGUCCUGGGCAUGGAUCUCCUGCCGCCCAGACCCCGGCUCGGAGCCUGCUUCUGGAAGAGGCGGCAGGGGCCUGGUGAGGCCGAGGAGGGCUCAGGGGAGAGGAAGCAGGGCCGGAGGGGCAGAGAAGGCAGAGAGGGGCUCAUGUGA